UUCGUAUAUUAUACGUGUAUGUACGGCAUGAUGUUGGAACUUUUUCCCCAAGAAAUACGUUUGAUGAAACAAAAAAAAAAAAAAAAUUUUUCUAGGAGCUUUCUUGGUACCGUAUCUUUUGAUGCUUUUUUUAUGCGGCAUUCCCCUGUUUUUUAUGGAAUCCUCGAUGGGCCAAUUCGGUAGCACUGGCUGUAUAACGAUGUUCCGGAUGAGUCCGCUGUUCAAAGGUGCCGGGUUUGCGAUCGUCAUAGUAAACGUCAUAUGCACAAUGUAUUACAACGUCAUAAUUGCGUACCCGCUAUUGUUCAUUUUCAUGUCCAUCAGGGGUACUUUGCCUUGGGAGAACUGCGGUAAUCCCUGGAAUACGUACGGUUGCCUCAAGUUAGGUGGUGAAGUCUUUACGGAGAAAAAUGUAACUGACCAAAUACAAUUGAUCAAAAAGACGAGAACGCCAGCGGAUGAGUUUUUUCACAAUCACAUACUGAAGAUAUCGGAUAGUAUAGAUGACAUUGGUGGCUUCGUUUGGCCGCUAUUCUUUUGUAAUUUAAUUUCAUGGAUUAUAAUUUUCUUGUGCAUUUGCAACGGCGUCAAAACAGUCGGAAAGGUGGUUUACUUCACGGCGACCUUUCCAUUCGUCAUACUCUUGGUUCUUUUUCUAAGAGGUAUCACACUACCCGGUGCCAUGGAUGGUAUUGUUUUCUAUCUGAUGCCAAAGUGGGAGGAGCUCCUGAACUUAAAAGUUUGGGCCGAUGCUGCCAUUCAAAUAUUUUUCUCCCUCGGUCCCGGCUGGGGAGGCAUUGUCAACAUGGCCAGUUAUAAUCCCUUUCGCAACAACAACAGACUAGAUUCCAUAUGGGUGCCCAUACUAAACUGCGGAACGAGUAUAUUCGCUGGUUUCGUUGUUUUUUCGGUGCUUGGAUUCAUGGCGUACAAAACUGGCCUACCCGUGUCGACCGUGGCCACUGGAGGUCCGGGAUUGGCUUUCGUGACCUACCCAGAGGCCAUAACCAUGCUCCCCUUCCCCCAAGUUUGGGCCGUGCUCUUUUUCUUCAUGCUCUACCUCUUGGGCAUGGACAGCUGUUUUGUACAAAUCGAAGCCAUCAUAUCAAGCGUGACGGAUGCGUACCCGCGAUUGAGGAAGCGAAAACAUUUGGUCACCUUGGGAUCGUUGGUUGUUUUAUUCUUAGGAUCGUUGAUUUUCGUGACAAACGGUGGAAUGUACAUCCUCCAAGUGUUCGACUGGUACGCGGCAUCGAUCUCCGUCAUUUCCAUCUGCCUCGUUGAAGUUAUCGUCGUCGGAUGGACUUAUGGCUGCAGGAACUUUGUGCGCGACGUCGAGUUUAUGAUAGGCGAGAAAUUGCACUGGUGGUGGCCGCUUUGCUGGAAGUACACCACGCCCGUCAUACUAUCGUUCAUCUUCGUAACGACGAUACUGUUCAACACACGAGUAACUUACAACGGGGCGGCCUACCCGGAAUGGGCCAUAGCGCUGGGCUGGUGUUCGUGUCUCGUGAGCAUGCUGUACAUCCCCGGCUACGCGAUUUUCUACUUGCUCUUCGGAAAGGGAACGAUGAAGGAGAAAAUCCGGUAUGGCACGAAUCCCACGGAAGAAUGGGGUCCGCAAAAGGCGGAGUAUCGGGAGGCUUGGGAAAAGUGCGUCAAGAGCAAACGAGCCAUGAGCGAUCACGCGUUCGUCAAUGGCGUUAAAGUUACGAGAUGCUGACCACAUACAUAUAUGUGUGAUAAGGAGGAGGGUAUGGAGAUUAAUUUUUGAGACAUGACAAUCCAUGGAUGUUUUGUACUACGUGCAGACAAGUUUUUUUUUUUUUUUUUUUUUCCAUCUACAAUGUACCAUCGUUGAAGGAUAAUGACAAAAAAAAAAAAAAAAAAAAAUACAGAAAUGUGAAACGAACGUGCAUGCAUUGUAUAUGUGUAUCUUCGAAAACGAAAAAAACAAAAAACAAAGUUCACCAAUCACAG